AUGCUUCCCGCCCGUCGCGCCAUGGUGCUGCGUCACAAGCAGGAAGAGCUGCGGGAGCGCGCCACCGAGGCCGCCAGGGAGGUCCAGGCGUGCGGCAUCACCAACAAGUGGCUGCGGGACACCGACGACAUCUACUUCGGACGACUCGUCCAGAAGGACGUCGACGAAGUCAUGAUGCAGCAGCUCUUCUCCGUUCAGGAGCGCAGGGACAGGCUGCGAGGGCUUCUAAACGAGGAGGAAAGGCGCCUGGUGCUGAUGGCUCGCCGCGAUGCGAACACGCCGGUGGGGAGAGAGGCGCAGAUGCGAGAGCGGGCUAAAAACCUGCAUGAAACCAGGGAGGCGCUUCGCAGGAAGACUGUGGCGGAAAAACUGGAACAGCAGUUCAGGGCGCAGUGCCAGGAACUUCGCGAGGCGCAGAGCAAGCAGCGCCUUUUACAGGUGUGUCAUGAGCGGGCGGCGCAGCUGCGCGAACGAGAGGAUGACGAGCGCCUGCGCCGGCUGGAGGACGACAUGUUCCACCGGCUGUGGCGUGCCGACGCCCGCGCCAAGGAGGAGCGGGAAAUGCGCGAGGAGGCUGAGAUGCGAGACCGCGACCAGCUGCAGGUGGACUGCCUCCGCCAGCAGAUGGCGGCGGCUGAGGCCAGACGCCAGCAGGAACUCCGGCGCCGACAAGAGGAAACGAGACAGCUGGAAGAAGAUUUACGGUCCCUGCAGAAGAUGGCUCGCGACGACCGUCAACGGGAGCAAGAGGCACAGGUGGCCCGCCGUGCCAUGCUGGACGACAGUUUGCGCUUGAAGUUGGAGCGCGUGGCCAGAGAGCGGCAGGAGGAGCUUCAGGUGGACCUUGCCAUUGUUCAGCGGAUGCUGCAGGACGAGAUUCAGGCCCAGCAGGACCACGCCGACAAGAGGGCGGACCUGAGGGACGAGCAGCUGCGUUUUUGUCAGUACUUGGCCGAUCAGUCGGCGCGGCGCAAAAAGGAUGAGGAGGAGAUGGAGCAAAUGAUGGCGGACAAGAUGAAAGAGACGUGGGACAAACGAGAAGAACACAACCAGAUGCAGCAGGACGCCAGGAACCGUUUGAUGAACGAGUGCAAGGAGUCGCGACGCCUGCAGACUGCGCAAAAACAGCAUCAUGAAUUGCAGAGACGCGCCGACCUGGUCAAGGAGCGGGCGGAGAUUGACGCCGCCGCGCGGGACAACAAGCGCGCUGAAGAAGAGUUGGCCAGGAAGCGGCGUCAGGCCUACGUGGAGUACCAGGCAGAACUGCGGGCACAGAUGGAGCAGCGUCGCCGUCUGAAGACGGAACUGCAUGAUGAGGAAAUGAGGGAUCAGGAGAAGCUGAGGGAGAUGGAGCGGCAAAAACUGGAGAGGAAGGACCGAGUUAUGGCCCAACCUGAUGAGGGCGCCUCACACCCCUUUAGGAAAGCGGCCCAAGCCCAAGCCCAGGCCAAAGCUAAACCCAAAGCCGGAGUUAAAGCAUCGCCUGCCGUUCCGUAA